ACGUGCUUUGUCAUUCUACAAUCGUGCUUCAAGAGAAUGUGCGCUGAAAAUAUUGGAGAAAAUUUAUAAAAACGUGACAUCAGCGUUUUAGUAAACCAAACUCUUAGCCUGCGAACCUCCUCGUUCCCACAUCGCUUAAUCGCAGAUUUUUGGAAUUCGAUCCCAAAGAAAUUGAAAUCAAAGACUUCUGGAGUAUUGAUAAUAAUCUGAGAGCCAUGAAAAUCUGGAGAGAUGCAGGACUUACUUACAUCCAUUAUUCCAACAUUGCUGCCCGAGUGGUACGCGAAUCCCUCCGAGCGGAACUACGUGCAGAUGCUGCUAAGAGAGACAUAAGCCAUGUGACGUUCACUCCUUGGGUCAACGGAAAGCCAAAGCCCCGUAAGAAGGAAGGAUCCAAGUCUUAGAUGCUCUUGUGGUCCAUCAAACAUCUGUAUAUGCUGUCAUGGUUCUAUAAAACCAAAACUGCAAAUAUUCCAAUAAAUUGUGGAAGAUCUUA